GAACACGAUUGGGCAGUUAUUUUACAGGACAGGUGACAUGGUAGCGCUGCUACUGGGCUGGUUCGAUUCGGAGUCCUCAGAUAUCAGGCCUGCCUCUCUCUCAGCCUCACCUAACCUACUCCAGAUAGCAGGAGAUAACUUAUCCACAGACGAGUCUCCCCCAGGUCAGAAUGCAGGGUGGGCUGGUUCUCCAGCAGCCCCCGGGGGUCCAAUCCCAGCGGGCCGGAGGAGUGCAGGCGGGGCAGUGGAGCACGGGUCUAUGUGACUGCUAUGAGGACAUGAAUGACUGCUGCUGUGCCCUCUGGUGCCUCCCAGUAUUCGCCUGUAAGACCAGCAGCGCGGCCGGGGCUUGCGCGUGUCUGCCUCUCCUGGACUGCGUGGGCUGCGUGCCCCCCGCCUCCCUCGCCGUGCGUGCCACCGUGCGGGAGCGAUUCGGCAUCCAGGGGAACGUCUGGAGUGACUGCUUCUUCGGCUGCUGCUGCUACGCGCUGUCCUGGUGUCAGAUCUCCCGGGAGAUAAAGCGCCGUGCCGCCACCCUCGCCAGCCCACGCUCCGCCGGCUACUCUCCUCUGACACCCCUGCAGGGGGCCCACCUCUACUAAAUACCAGGAGAGGAGCUGCAGGUUCCCAUCCUGCCCCAGACCCCC